CCAUUCUGAACCUAUUUCUGAAUGGGCUGGAUUCUCCAGAACAUUAUCUGGGGAUAGGUUAAUUUCCACAGGAAGAGAUUCCUCCAAAUUCCUCUUACCAAACCUGCUGUGCGGAUGGCUGUUAAGGCGUAUCGUGUCUGCCUGUACUGAUCGCAAAACAAUACUUUUCACUGUACUUAGGUACAUGUGACUCCAAUAAAUCAAAUCAAAUCAAAUCAAGAUUAUUACUUCCUCAUUCCUUAGGAAUCUUCUAUAGCGAGGUAGUGUAGACACAACUAGAGAGAGACAAUCUCACACUCCUCUUCACAUGCUGGCAUGUAUAAAAUGCAUGCCCAUCUGUACAAACCCCUGUGCAUAGGCAAACUCUCACCACACACUCUCACUCACACACACGUAUGAUAUAUUCUCACAUACACAGUUUUAUCUAUAUAUUUGCUUCUCUCAGGAAAUUGCAUCGCUUUAAUUGGGGGAGGAUAGUGUGAAUUUACUUCACAUAAGCAACUGCAAUUGUUUGAGAGAAUGUAAAUUGGAAAGACUGUCUUUACUUUUCUGUCACUGUUUGCACAUAUUACAGUUAGACAAUGAUUUGAGUGAGUUUUUCUGAUAUGAUCUUAAAUGAAUGCUAUUUUUUAUUGACAGAAGAAAUGCAGCUAUUCUCCUAUGGGUCUGCUGACACAAUCUUAGAUGCUUGCAGUGAAUUCUGGGAUGGAAAUGAUAUUUGUCCACUUUCUCAGUACUCCAGAAAGAAAAUCUUCGAUUUUUAUCAACGUGCCUGUCUGACAGGAGAGUGCAUUGCCUUAUCUUAUAAGCCAGUGUUCCAUACCUUGCAGUCCAGUGAUGAUGAGACGUGUCCUCAAGUAUCAUUGAAAACUAAAAGCUACAGCCAAGCAGAUACCUCAGCAGCACUGGACCUGGAAGAAUUAACUUUUGAUCAGGAAGAUAAUUUGCACCCUCUUGACAAUCAGAUCUUACUUGGUCUCAUAUCUUCCCAAUACCAAGCCAGACUAGACAUGGUCCAUCUGAUAGAUGGCUUAGAUAACACCUGUAUCCGAUUUGUUUACUUUUCCUUGGAAAAUGAGUUAAAAAGCAAGGAAUUUGCUGAGAAGAUGGGCCUGGAAACUGGCUGGAAUUGUCACAUCUCAUUGCAAUCGAAUAGUUUUGUUCUCGAACCAGAUCAUCUGAUGCCCACUUCCCAAAAUAUUGAAGAGCAACAAGAUUCUGAUAUUCAAAGACAGAUGAGAGAAGAUGGGAGUCUACCAGAAACAGAUGGGGAAAGGACACCAGGCAGUAAUACAUGCAGCUUUAUGGAGGAUCUCAACCGGGCUAAAUUACCCAGGGGAAUUGAGAACAUUCGGCCACACCUGGAACAUGUUGACAAUGUUCCUCUUUUGGUUCCGCUUUUUACAGACUGUACCGCAGAAUCUAUGUGUGAGAUGGUGAGAAUAAUGCAGGAGUAUGGAGAAGUGGUUUGCUGCCUUGGAAGUUCUCUUAAUAAUAGGAACAUUGGAGUUUUUCUACAAAGUGAUAUCAGCUUUUCCUUGGAUCCUUUGAGUUUGUCUUACUGCAGGCAGACCUGUCACAAAGAUUGUGAACAUUUAACUUCACGCUCACACAAAACUACACCACUCCACUUGUCCAGCCUCUUUGGUAGCCUAGCGAGCUCUGUGCACUUCAGAAACCAUGACAACAUCAGCAUAAUCCAGCUAAUCAAACAGGCUCGGCAAAUGAUUUCAGGAAUUAGGAAAUGCUUUCUGCUUCACCUUCAGUGCCAACUUUCCCUGACAAUGAUACAGGUUCUGGCUUCUAUGGCUCAGUUACCCCCACCUCUUGGGACAACAGACGUGCUUUGUCUCACCUGUGUCUAUUUCCCUCUCGUAAGCAUGUCCCUCAUGGGGAAACCUCCAGACAACACCGUGAUGGAAGUGGCUACAGGAAAGAACCUCAAGAUCUUACCAAAAAAAGCAAGUUUCAGAACUAACGCAUUUGACACAUCAGUUAGUCCAGCAUGCUAUCGCUGGUUUGAUGUCUUUUGUGAUGGUGCAGCAAUGUAUUUUCAACCACAAGCAGAGGGUGAAAUCUAAUUUCAGGGUGAUUUGAUGGAUGUGAAGCAGGCUGCAGCUACU